UAUAAUACAUAUAUUAAAAUUUCCACAUUAUGUGCUUCUUUUUUUCUUUCUUUCUUUCUUUUCUACACUUUUUAAAAAGCUUAAAGCAUUAAGCUUUACAGCAUCACUGUCCAUUAUGAGGAUUAAUUGAACUUUUCACACCUAAAAUUUUUUGUAUAUGAAGCUGAAUAUUAAUGGGAAUUAAUACAUAAGAGUGUUGUUUUUAUUAUCAUGGCUUCAAUGAAGGAAUCAUGGAAGUUUGAUGUGUUCCUCAGCUUUAGAGGUGAAGACACAAGAAAGAGCUUUACUGAUCAUUUGUACAGUGCUUUGGAAAAGAAGGGAAUUCAUACUUUUAGAGAUGAUGAUAAGCUCAAGAGAGGGAACAGCAUUGCUCCUGAGCUAUUGAAAGCAAUCGAAGAAUCGAGAUUUGCCGUUGUUGUUUUCUCACCAAACUAUGCCUUCUCAAAAUGGUGUUUGGAGGAGGUUUCAAAGAUUACAGAUUGCAGACACAAAAUGGGACAGAUUGUUUUUCCGGUUUUUUAUCAUGUGGAUCCGUCGCAUGUUAGAAAGCAAACAGGUCUUUUCGGGGAGGCCUUUGCUAAGCAUGAUGAUGAAUCUUUGAAAGAUCAUAGUUUUGAGAAGGUGAAGAAGUGGAGAACAUCUCUUUUUGAGAUAGCUAAUCUCUCUGGAUGGGAUUUGAAAGAGAGGCCUGAGUCAGAAGUUAUUGAUGAGAUUGUUAAAGAAAUCUUUACCUUAUUGAAUAGCUCAUCAUUGAGUAGUUGUGUAAGUGAUGGGGAGUUAGUUGGAAUGAGUUCUCGAACGGAAAAACUGUUGUCGUGCUUGGACACCGAGGCAUCUGAUGUUCGUGCAAUAGGAAUAUGGGGGAUGGGCGGGAUUGGAAAAACCACGCUUGCUCAAGAAGCUUUUAGAAAGAUUAAACAUAAGUUCGAUGCAAGUUGCUUCAUUGACAAUGUUAGAGAGGAGUCUGAGAGGCACGGCCUUCGCCAUUUGCAAGAGAAACUUUACUACUUCUUGCUUGAAAGCGAGGCAAAAGUAGAGUUUGUUCGAACGGGAGUCCAUGUUUUGAGAGACAGACUUCGUUGUAAAAAAGUACUUAUUGUUCUUGAUGAUGUUGAUAAGUUAGACCAAAUAGAAGCUUUAGCUGGAAAAGGUGACUUUGGUGGCAAAGGGAGUAGAAUCAUUGUAACAACAAGAGACAAGCAAUGGUUGAAAAGGUUUGGAGAAAAUAAUGUUUAUGUAUAUGAGAUUGAUAAGUUGUCUAAGGAAGAAUCUCUUAGGCUUUUUUGCAAGAAAGCCUUCAAGAAUAACCACCCUGCAGAUGAAUUUAUAGAGAAAACUAACAAGGUUGUGAAAUAUGCUGAUGGACUUCCUUUGGCUCUUCAAGUUUUGGGGUCUUUUUUGUUUGAAAGAAGUGAGGAAGAAUGGUCAAGUGCAUUAGAAAGACUUGGGAAAUAUCCUGAAAAUGACAUUUUUGGUCCUCUCAAAGUAAGUUUUGAUGGAUUAAAGCAUUCAGAGAAGAAAAUGUUUUUGGAUAUUGCUUGUUUUUUCAAGGGAGAGAGCGAAAUUCGGGUGAAAAAGAUUUUAGAAUGCUGCGAAUGCUAUCCGGGUAUCGAUUUAAAAGUAUUGACAGAAAAAUCUAUGGUAACUAUUGUUGGUGACAAAAUAUGGAUGCAUGAUCUCUUACAAGAAUUAGCUAAGCAAAUUGUAAGUGAAGAAUCUCCUCAAGAGCCCGGGAAGCGCAGCAGGCUUUUCCUUCAUAGGGAUGUUCAUGAAAUACUCGAUAAGAACUCAGGAACAAAAGCUGUUGAAGGCAUCUUUUUCGUAUCGCCUAAACAAGAAGAAAUUCUUUUGAAUGAUGACCCAUUCUUGAACAUGUGUAAGCUAAGAUUGUUGAAGAUUUCUAAUGUCAAAAUUUCUGGUUAUCUUGGAUAUCUUUCUCAUGAGUUGAGACUUUUGGAAUGGCAUAGAUAUCCUUUGACAUCUAUGCCAUCAAGUUUCAAACCCGAAAAUCUUGUUGAACUCAACAUGUCAAACAGUUGCAUUAAAGAACUAUGGAACCAAAACAUGGUACUAGAAAAGUUAACAUUGAUCAAUCUUAGCAACUGUCACAACUUGACCAAGACUCCAAAUUUCAACACAACCCCAAAUCUUGAAAAAUUGAUUCUUGCAGGCUGCAAAAAACUAUCAAUGAUUCACUCAUCCAUUGGAUUUCUCAAGAGACUUGUUUUACUGAAUCUAAAAGAUUGUGAAUCAAUCAAAACACUCAUCAAUGAGAUGAGCUUAGAAUCUCUCAAGACAUUAAUUCUUUCGGGAUGUUCAAGGCUCAACAAAUUUCCAGAGAUUGUGGGAAAAAACAACAUGAAAGAGUUAACACAACUUCAUUUGAAUGGGACAGCCAUAACCGAAUUACCAGACUCAAUCAAGUUCUUGAGUGGCCUCACUUUGUUGAAUCUUAAAGAUUUUAAAAAACUUGAGAGUCUUCCACACAACAUUUGUAGUAGUUUGAUUAAUCUUACAACUCUUAACAUCUCAGGCUGUUCAUGUCUUGACCACUUGCCCGAAAAUCUUGGUAGUUUGGAGUGUUUGGAAGAGCUUUAUGCAAGUAAAACCGCCAUAAGACAAGUACCUUCCUCAAUCACACAACUAAAGAGCCUAAAGCAAUUAUCUUUUCGCGGAUGCAGUGACAUCAUCAUGUCGGGUAACAAGCUAUGGUUCUCCCUCAUUUGUAGUUGUUUGUUUCAUGUAACAACAACAAAACAAGAAGGCUCUGAAUCCGUCGGGGGCUUGAUGUUACCUAACUCAUUUUCGGGUUUAGUCUCUUUGAAAUCAUUAGAUUUAAGCAAAUGCAAUCUACAAGAAGAAGAUAUACCGGACGAUUUUUGGGAGUUGAGAUCAUUAGAGCUACUUGAUUUGAGUGAGAACAAUUUUAAGAGCUUACCAAGUAAAAUGUUUGAACUUUCUAAGCUGAGAGAACUUAGAUUGAAUGGUUGUGACAAUCUUCAAUCAUUGCCAAUAGUUUCUCCUAGUGUCAAAUAUGUCCAUGCUCGUGAUUGUACUCAACUAAAAGAUCUAGAUGGAACUAUUGUAUGGACAACAUCUAAUGGUUUUUGUGUUAUAGAUUUUCGAAAAUCGAAGUUGGGUACAGAAGGCAAAGAAUACAGAGUUGGAGUAUCAAGAGAACAUUUUUACCCCCUACUUCAUACAUCAUGUGAGGAUGAUAUUUAUAGAGGAGAAGCAUUUGGAAAUGUUCUUUCCCAAGCUACAAUUCCUUAUUGGUGCAGUUACUCAAGUAGUGAAUCUUUUGUUACAAUUCAACUACCACCAGAUUUGAAUAAUCAUAUCAUGAGUACAUGGAUGGGACUUGCCUUAUGUAUUGUUUUCCAAGUACAAGAAAAACAAGAAAAUAAUACUAACAAUUCAACAAGGUAUAGUUGUCAUUUUACAACAGAGGAAGAUUUCAUUGAAAUUCCUCUUGGUAUUUUCAAUGUGAAAGAACACAACAAUAGUUGUGUUUGUAAAUAUAUACCAAGAGAAUCUUUUGAAGGGCUUUUGGAUAAAGCAAGUCAUGUUGUAGCUUCUAUAAAAUUGAUUAAUAGUACUACUAAUUGUGUGAGUGUGAAAAUGUGUGGGGCACAAUUAAUUUAUGAGAAAAAUGUGAAAGAGUUUGUGAGAGACUUGUAUCCUAUGCCUAAUGAUGUACAAAGUUAUGUUACUCAUUGUCAAGAAUUGGUUGAUGAUGUUACUAAAAAUCCAUCUGUUGGUGAGAUUGAAUCUAUGACAAGGGAACGAACUAUGAUUGACAAGAUUGAAUCUGUUGUUAAGCAAGUUUCGGGUGAAGAAAGAACUAAUUUGAAUGAGUCAUCAAGUCAUUGUGAAGCGGAACAACAACUGGCUACUUCAUCGAAUCGAUUCUUGCUUCGAGUACAUGAUUCAGUAGGGUUAUGUAGUGAACAAGAAUGCAAAAGUAUGCCUCACAACGCGGAGUUGAGAAUGAAACUUCAUUCAUUGCUUUCGAGACUUUUUCAGAAAAACAAUGCAGCUAAGUUCGAUUUCGGAUGCAUUUUCCCUCUAGAAGCUAUUUUGCCUUGGUUCGCGUAUCAAUGUGUUGGACGCCAAAUCUUUUGUUGUCUUUCUCCAAACUUAUUGGAGAACAAGAAAUGGUUAGGAUUCGGUCUCUAUGUUAUGUUUCGUACUAAAAACAUUGAUAAUAAUUUGGUCACAAAAUCAUCAUCUUCUUCUUCACUUGUUGUUCAUUUACGUAUGGAGCCAAGUGGGAUGCAACACAAGACUCAAUUUCUCAUCAAACAAGAUUAUUUAGUACAACAACAACAACAACAUGGUCUUGUUGUACUCAAUGUGCCACGUGUCCAUUUCAUAGAAAUGUUGAGUAAGAAUGGUGGUGGUUGUGGUGGGUAUGUUAGUGCUUUGUUUGCCAUCUCAGAUAAUCAAUUUGAGAUUGAAAUUUGUGGGAUUCGUAAAGUGUACGAGAAUGAUGUGGAAAAUUUUGUCCAAACAAUUAUUGACUGCACCAUGCAGAGUCCACGUGUACAUCAUGAGAUUUAUUGUCAAAUAUUUGAAGACAUGGAGAAGAAGGUUUUUCAUGAAGAAGAAAAGGCUUUUGAUUUGGGUUACUAUUAUUCAGUUUUACCAAGGGAGCAUCAACAAGUAGAAGAAAUGGAUAGUAUUUCAACUAUGAGCAGCAGUCAAUAUUUCAUUACAAAAUAUUAUCAGAGCUUUGACCAAAUGUUGAAGUACAAUUCAUGCUUUCCUUCAAUUGAAAUUCCAAACUUGUUUGAGCAUCAAAACAAUAAUCCUUCAAUUGAAAUCCAAGUAUCCACAAGCACAGAGAAACAAUGGAUUGGAUUAGCAUUGUGUGCUUAUUUUUCAGUUGAAGAAGAAGAAGAAGAGUCUUAUCAAAACAAUUCUCCAUUCCUUCAUUGUCAUUUGGAAACUAAUGAAGGUUUUCUAGAGUCUCUUCACUCUUACCAAACCACAAAUGAAGAAACCAAGUGGUUAUCUCAUGUGGGUGGAUUCAUUUGGUUAUCUUACAUACCAAUUGGAUCAUUCUCAGAACAGCUUAUCACAUUCAUUGAAGCUUCAUUUGUAAGUGAAAGCUCUUACUUGUUGGUCAAGAAAUGUGCAAUCCAUUUGGUUUAUGAUCAACAAGAAUUUGAGCAAACCAUACUCUAUUCCUUGAUGAAUUGUGGUCUAAUGGAAGAAGAAACACUUGUAGAUUUCGAUGAAUCUGUUUUCGACAACUCAACAAACUCGAAAGAAUCAGAACCUAGUUAUAUUCUUCUAAACAUAGAAGCUCAAACUCCAAUCAAGGAAUCUAAUUCAAUGGAAGAAUGGAUAGUAAAGUUGGAGAUUUUUCUUCAUAAGUACUUGAAUCUUUCUGUGAUAAUAAGGCUUAGUAUUGCAGAUGGUGAAAUUUCAUACAUACCUUGCUUUCAUCCUUAUUUCGGAUUUAACUUUUGUUUCGCUAGAAAGAACAUAUUAGACUGGUUUAAACAUCAGACUCAUGAGUCCAAGCUGAGAAUGCAAAUACCACAAAAUCUAUAUGAUGAUGAAAAUUGGAGAGGGGUUAUGGUAUGUGCUGCAUUUUCUGUUAUUGAACAUCCCGGUACUACUGUCUUCGACACAAUUCAUUCUGUUCCCUUUAAGGAUUUUCACCUUGUGUGCGAUUUCAACUUGGGGGAAGAGAACACAUGUCUAAGGGUUAAACCUGUUCGCUACAAGAAAGAUAUUUUCAAGUGGUUAGUUCUUCGCGGUUUCAUUUGGUUAGUGUACAUUCCCCAUACUGCAUUUACGAAAUCUUUGAAUGAAGUAAGGUAUGUCGAGGCUAAAAUGCAUAGCUUCGAUUGCCAUGGCUUGGCGGUUCAGAGGUGUGGAAUGCGCCUUCUUUAUCAACAUGAGGUGAAAGAGUUUAAACAAGAAAUAGUCAAGUGUGUGAGCUCCUUCUUUGAUGAUUUGGAUCCCAUACUUCUACAUAUGAGAGAUGAGAAGAUGAAGAAAUCCCCUGAUUUCAACAGCAUUGCUCAAUGGAAUCAAAGAACUGAUGUUGAGCUAUUAGUAGUAGAUUUUCAUCAUAAUACCAUAUUUAACUCAUGUUUCACUUCAACUGAAAUUCUUGAGUGGUUUAGGAAUUAUACAAUAGGCCCUUCAGUCAAACUUGAGCUGCCUACUUCUACUACUCUAUUGUCAGAUGAAAAUUGGCUUGGAUUAGCAUUAUGUGCAUACUUUACUGAUCUUGAUCCUCAUCAUCCAAACAUAGGAGAAUGUUCUUCUCCUCACCAUCUUAUUUGUCAGUUACAAACUGAUAGAGGCAAUUUAGAACAUCCUCAUGUUCACCGAACAACCAAUGAAGAAUUCAGAUAUUUAGACCACGAAGGCCGAUUCAUUUGGCUUUCCUACAUACCAAGAGGGUGGUUUUCGGAUGAGCAGCAGCAGCUAAAUGAUUGCAGUGUCAUCGAGGCUUCAUUUGCGAGUGAUAGUGGAAGAAGCUUGCGAGUGGAAAAAUGCGGCCUCUGCCUUUUGUUUCGACAUCAAGAGGAUGAGUUUAAGAGAACAAUUGCUCAUUGCAUGAAAUCAUCAUCACAAAAUGAAGAUCUUGUUUGUUCAAUGCCUCACAAUGGUUGUGAGGCAAGUACUAGUAGCUGCAGCAGCACUACUAAGGUGGAUUCUCACCCGAAAAGAUCAGAAACACCUAAUCCUACAAGUGUUAAAGGUAAGGAGAAGCUUGUUUCCGAAUAAUAUAAGGAUAUAAUUCUUGAUCAACCUCUCUUGUUAUCAUUAAAAGGGCUUGCAAGUCUGUAAUUCUCAAUCAACUUCUUGACUUUAAGCAUAGUUAUCUUAACAUUUUUUUGUUAUUAUUUUAGGUCCUAAUUAAGUAUGAAUUGUUAGGGAAAAUUACAUAGUAAUACACCAUUUAUUAUUG